AUGUAUUUUUUUCGUCAAAUUCUUUUUUAAUGUGCAAUCCCAAAUCCAAUAGAGGCUAUAGUAGUAGUUUAGUUAAAAUUCUGAGAGCCACAUUCAUUUGACUAGGAUAAUAAGAUAAGGGUUCAAAAAACUUGAUUCCACACAAAAUUCAUUUUUAGCUAAAAUUACAUAAAAUGGAAAAAAAACAUUAGACAUAUAUAUUCUCAAUUAUUAUAUUUAUUAUCCAUUCAUUCAUUAUAUUUAUUUUCAUGUUUUUUCACACUCCAUACAAUUAUAACUCUUCAACUUUGGCAUACACUCUGUCUCUCAAUUAUUAGUCCAUAGAAAUGGAAGCACAUGCAGCUGGAGCCAAUCAGAGGAUUGCAAGAAUCUCUGCUCAUCUUCAUCCUCCAAAUUUCCAGGAAGGAGGUGAUGUUUCAAUUGACAGAGCUAACUGCAGAGCAAAAGGUGGGGCGCCGGGAUUCAAAGUUGCAAUCUUGGGGGCUGCUGGUGGAAUUGGUCAAUCUCUUUCUUUGCUGUUGAAGAUUAAUCCAUUGGUUUCAGUUCUUCAUCUUUAUGAUGUUGUCAACACUCCUGGUGUCACUGCUGAUGUUAGUCACAUUGACACCGGUGCUGUGGUUCGUGGCUUUCUAGGGCAGGCACAACUUGAGAAUGCAUUGACAGGCAUGGACUUGGUCGUUAUACCUGCUGGUGUGCCGAGGAAACCUGGAAUGACAAGGGAUGACUUAUUUAAGAUAAAUGCUGGAAUUGUGAGGACUCUUUGUGAAGGAAUUGCCAAGAGCUGUCCUAAUGCAAUUGUCAACUUGAUUAGCAAUCCAGUGAAUUCCACUGUGCCCAUUGCUGCUGAGGUCUUCAAGAAAGCCGGUACAUAUGAUCCAAAGCGACUUUUAGGGGUUACAACCCUCGAUGUUGCGAGGGCAAAUACUUUUGUGGCAGAAGUACUCGGUGUUGAUCCAAGAGAGGUUGAUGUUCCAGUGGUAGGAGGGCAUGCAGGAGUCACAAUAUUACCUCUUCUGUCACAGGUUAAGCCUCCCAGUAGCUUCACUGCAGAAGAAACCGAAUACCUGACAAAUCGCAUUCAAAAUGGUGGAACAGAAGUUGUUGAGGCAAAAGCUGGGGCUGGUUCUGCAACACUAUCAAUGGCAUAUGCAGCUGCUAAGUUUGCUAACUCGUGCCUCCGUGGCUUGAAAGGAGAAGCCGGGAUAGUGGAGUGUUCUUAUGUUGAUUCUCAGGUUACGGAACUUCCUUUCUUUGCAGCCAAGGUUCGUCUUGGUCGCGGUGGAGCAGAAGAGAUAUAUCAACUUGGUCCCCUUAAUGAGUACGAGAGAAUUGGGUUGGAAAAAGCGAAGAAAGAGUUAGCAGGAAGCAUCCAGAAGGGAGUAGAAUUCAUCAAAAAAUAAGUCAGAUAAGGAAAAAUUAGUUUUGUUUUGUCUCUUUACUAUAUCUAUAAAGAACUUGUGUAAUAAUUCCCAUUUCCCUCUGUUCAUAGUAGUUUUUUCUUAAGAAUAAUACUCCUAAAUUUUUUGUGUUGUCCAUGGCUUAGAUGUCGAUGAUAACUGAUAUAAUAUCAGUAAAACCUUGUAAUAUUUGUAAUAUAUUCUUGAAGUGAAAAACCCUAUAAUAUAUGCCAUUUUACUAUUUCCAGAUCAAA